AUGUGCCAUACGAAGCUUUAUAUAUUUCAUGACACCGAAAUUGACAAAAAAUAUUCAUCAUCCAAAGACAAAUACCAGAUAGUUCAAAAGCAGCAAUGCAGCCGCGUUCGUUACCCAGUGGAGUGGCGCGAGGCUUCGCUGGGCGGCGGGGGGGGCGGUGGGGUCCGUGGGGGGAAGCCGGGCGACCGCAGGGCGGCGGGGGCGGUGGGCGGGACGGGCGGUGACGUCACCGCGGGGGGCAGAGCGGCGCGCGAUUGGCCGCCCUGCGCGCGCCGCUACCGAAUAUGGGACCGCGGGCCCAUUGAUAAAAGUGCGUCGCGGCACGCGCGGCGCCAGUCCCCUCCGCACCGGCCGCGCGAGAGGCCGUCUCCACGCUGGCGCUGUUCG